UUGUGUUUCGACAUUAUAUUUGACUUUGAUUUGUCGUUUUUCCUCGAGAUAGCACCUCGAGUAACUUAACGCAACUUAACUAACGUUCAGAAAAUCUUUUUUCUCAAAUUUGUAACGUUUAGGUUAACAAAGUAUAGGAUGUCAUGGGUCAAGAUGGAUUGUGUAAACCACACAACACCGCGUUAGCUUUCGUGUAACUACUUUGUGCACAGCACAGCGUAACAUAUCAGAAAUGGAAGUAGCCUAAAGUGUACAACAGUACCUUUUAUCUUGACGUUUCAAUUUCUUUGGGCGAAUAAUAGAGGCAGAGGUCGGGGUGGGCCUCCAAUAACCAUUUGAAAAAUACAUCAGAUCAAUCUCCCGUGGUCGAUUCUCUUCGUCAUUUAAGCAGUAUAUGGAUUGGAGCUUGGUAACAGAGGCCUAUAGUUUACUAUUAAAAUAAGUGUGUAUUCGUCGGACUACGCCCGGCAACAACGUGUGUCUUUGCGAUCCGUUUCCAGCACAUACGGUAUUUAUGGUUAUAUCCUAAAAUACGAUCUUAACGUAAUGUUAAAUACGUAACUGAGUAUCUACCAUGAGCGGAAAACAGUUAAUAUGACUCGAUCACCAUGACAACCGGAUUAAAUUAAAUUUUAGUUUUUCGUUUUGAUUCCGGAACAUUCUGAGCCAAUAUUUAAAAACCAAUUUAUCAUCCAUAUAGCACCACGGCAUCAAAAAACGAUUUUCACAAUGAAAAUUCAUUGUUUCCACUGCUAGCGACAGUACAAAGAUAAUCGUCUACUCCAUCAGCUACCAAUUCAUCUACGGACAAGUCAAUUUGUCACGGAGUUAAAUAUCCAGUAAAGAAAACGGACAGCAACCGUCCUUGCUGCAUCAUUGCAGAUGUCAGUCACAACUUGAUCACCCUCUGUCUAUCAGCUAUAUACGUUAAUGGAACCGAAUGUCCAACACAUAGUAUUUAUACUUCAAUGAUUAUUCCAACAAGUUGAAAAAUUCUUCUCUAUUCCAAUUCGAUCAAAAAGAAAAGUCUGCGCAGUCAGGAAAAGUUAAACGAAUAUCAACGAUCCACCAUUAUAGGGAGUGAAUAAGGAAUUGCAAUUGGCGGCGUCAAUUUUUAAUUCUCGAGCUGGUCUACGUAAUGAAACUAGCUGGCAGUGCUGGCUAUAAAACCUAGUCGUUAGUCGAUGGUCUCGACAAUAGCGGUUAUUCCCGGUUCCGGUAAUGAUGGCUAAAAUAGGGAAGCCAUUGCUGGUAAGUUAUUGCAUCUGCUUAUUUGUGUGUCAAUUUCUGUCAUCUUACGCUACCACUGCAAUGGCAAAGAACUCGACAAAAUUAUAUAAAAAACAUCUUGUGGCUCUCAUAUCAGAGUAUCCGGUAUCACUUAGGAUUCUGAGAAACGCGACUGGCCACGUAAUUCAGACGAUUGGUGCUUCCGCUCUGAUGCUGGAUUGGCUAUCUCGUCGUUACAAAUUUGACUACUCCCUCCUUGAUGUGAAUGUCACUACUCUGGAAGAUGGAGGACCGAAUCUACCUGGAAUAAUUAGCUACGCAACUAGAGGAGAAUGUGAUCUCAUUCUCGCAGUCAUCCGGCAAACACCGGAACGUUUACGUCUUUUGGAACUCCUUCACCCUUGGAUGUACUCACAGACAGCCUUUAUUAUCCCGAUGCCCGAGGUUUCACAGAAUAACGUCGACGCCGUCAUCAAACCCUUUCAGCUCUGGGUUUGGAUGGCGUUGAUUUUGGCUUUCGCGUCCGUAAUUGCUAUCCUAUCGUGUUUCAAUCGAUUGUUUCAAUCGAAGGGUCGAUCUAUCAUCGAACAAGAUAAUCCCUCAACAUUUCCUUCAGUUAGGGUGACUGAAAGCAUUUUCAUGUAUGUGGUGGGAACACUUUUGAAUCAAGGUGGGUACAUAUCGAACAAGUUCACUCCGAUCCGACUAGUCGUAGGAGCUUGGUGUCUUCUGACUCUGGUUUUGCUCAACGUCUACAAUGGAGUUCUGAUUUCUUACGUAACAGAGGCCGGUCGCCCACAACCGCUUAUCAAUACUUUUGAUGACGUCCUGUCCGACUCCAGCAUCCUCCUGGUUCUCGAUAAAGGGUUUGCUGGCGAUAUUGUCAUUUCGACGGCAGAAAAAGGAUUGUACAAGACAAUGAAGGACAAGUUGAAUGCGCAUCCCAAUUCGAGGUGUUUGUCGACUCAGCAAUGCAUCGAUUUGGUGAAAUCGCUACCUCCUCGUUAUGUUUACCUAAAUGCUGUAAUAGGAUUAAAAGCCGCCAUAAAAAAGGAUUACGUGCAAACGCGGCAGUGCAAACUGACCAUAGCUGGAGAACCGCCGUUUAUGAAACAUGCUAUUGGUUGGGGACUAGCUAAAAACAGCCCUUAUCGAGAGGAAUUCAAUCGAGGAACCGCACGCCUUUUCGAUGUAGGGUUAACGUCAUUUUGGCAGAAUUGGUACGAGCCAGAUUCUAAGCCUUGCUAUGACGACAAAGACAACGGUGGUCAAAAUAAGAACGAGAAAAAACCACUGGUGCGAUUAUCUUUGACCAAUUUGACAGGGGCAUUUGCUGUUUUAGCUGUUGGAUGCGCAAUGUCCAUCCUAACAUUUUUAGCAGAAAUAAUAAUUUUCCUAAAAAAGGAAUCUGACAAGAAAUGUAGUUUUGGCAAAGGGUGGCGGCGAUAAGAUUUUAAAAUCCUGACGGGUUGCACAACUAACUACCCUUACAUAAAUUUAAUCCGUAUCCUAUAUUAAAUGAACUAUUUAUAUCCUAAGCGAUCAUGUUCACUUCAAAUUGAUAAGGGUAAUAUACUAACUAGUACAUUAGGAGUAGUACGAGAUAUAACGAGUAGAGAACUAUAGUACUUAACGAGUACAGACUAGGCCUUUCAUGCAUCACAAAUUUCAGCACUUUAUUCGUGAUAAUAUUAUUACAACAUCCAAGUUAAUACGCUAUGAAAAAAGUUAGGAGGAAAUCAAUAAGCAUUUGCUACGGCAACCGAUAUUUUGAAUUCCCUUAAAAAUAUUUUGUUCUUUUAUUCGAGCUUUUAUUCGACGAUGUUUGUCACAAUCACGUAGAAAGUGUUACUGCUCUAUUCAAUCGAUAUUGGGAGUCUAGUGAUUGUUUCUCUUAUCUGUAAUAAGCACAUCUUAUUAAACCAACAUUCUACCGUGAAUUUGGGGUUUAUAAUAUUUCACUUAUGUAGCUGUAAAUGGCCUCAUGAAAUAAACGGACAACAAUAACCGAACACACAGCAA